UCGCGAGGGCCGCGAGACGAAACGAGUCGUCAGAGUACUACGAUGGUGCCCAAGGAAGAAGUCAUCGAAGCUGUGAAAGCUUUCCGUAAACUCCGUGAUGUCGAGUUAUCGAAGAAGAAGAAGGCGUCGAUCCUCGAUAGUGACGAUCGAAACGAUCGAUUCGUCCAUCUCCAAUUGACAGUGAAGAAAAUGUCAGCGUCCCAGAGGAUCACGAUGGUACCGUUCAUCUUUCCCCAUUGCCUCGUUCAGGAAGACGAUGAAGUCUGUUUCAUCGUCGGUUGCAGAGAAACCGACAAGGGAAAUAAGAGGGCGGAUCAUGAGCGGUACGCUAACGAGUACAAACAUAAGCUACGGAAACUGGGCAUCGAGAGGGAGAUUCACAUCCUCCCGGUCAUGCAGCUCGAGACGGAGUUUAAGCCAUUCGAGGCGAAGCGAAAACUCUGCCAAGCGUUCGAUCACUUCAUCUGCGACCACAGAAUCCUUUUCCGUAUGCCGCAGUUGCUGGGUACCUCAUUCUUCAAACGCAGGAAGCUCCCCAUCCGAGUGUACAUGAAAGACGAGGAAAAACUCAAGGACAUUAUCGAAGAGGCCAUUCAGAAAACUCUGAUCUACAUCACGCCCGAGGGACCGAAUGUGAGCAUGAAAGUUGGCAACUUGCACGAUCACACCGAUGAGCAAAUCGCCGAGAAUAUACAGUCAAUCCUCGACGUAUUCAUUCCGGAGAGUCUUCCCGGAGGCGAGAGCAACCUGAACUCGAUGCAUCUCGCGUCUUUCGCCGGGCGGUCAGUUCCCUUGUACCUCUCCCUGGCUUCGGCUAAUACGGUCGACCUCUCGGAAGCGGAUAAGAAAUUCAUUGAGAGACAGACUCCUAAAGAAAUCGAAGACACCAUCGACACCAUGCCCGGAGUCAGAGUCAAGGUCCGAAGCGACGGCAAAGUGAUAGCCGUGAAAGAUGACUCCCAGAAAUUGGAAACCGAUGAAUUGCUCGAUUCCGAUUAUUUGGAUGUGUUCCGAGAGCAAGAUUUCGAAGAACAGAGCGAGGCGAGAAAACGUCAUGUCAAGCACAUGGCAAGGAAAGCUCUUCUCAGGAAGGCUGGGAAGCGAUUUGGAUCGAAUAUGCUCAAAUUACCGACCCAUGUUCCUCUACCUAAACCUUCGCUGGGGUCGCUGAACAAGCAACAGAGACUACCGAAACAGAAGAAGCAGAAGAAAGCCGGUGCGGGAGCGAAAAAGGCGCCCGUUCUUGACGCACUCCAAGGUUUCGACGAGACGGAGGCGGCUCCCGUCGAAGAUGAGUGCCCGCAAUUAGUUCCAAUCGACGAGCAGAAGCCGAAGAAACGUCGCUCGAGGAGUUCCGGAGCCACGGAUGGAGAGUUGGCGGUCCCAGAACUCCCGAGAACGGCCGAGAAGAAGGAAAAGGCUCAGCGGAAAUCUACGACGGGCUUCGUACAGAAUGUCAUUCCCGAAAUUCCCAGCAAGAAAGCUCUGAAGAAGAAUCGCAAGAGUGAUUUUGUCGUCGAGCAGUCCCCGAAGAAUAAGAGCCCGAAAUCAUUCAAUAAGCAAGGCAUGACGGUGACCAGGAUCGAGCCUCCCGCCCCGGGAGAUAAAUCCGGGAAGAUCCGGAUAAUCGACACCCCUCGACCCAUUCUGAAAACACCGCGCAAAACUCCAGGCAGUGAGAAACCGAAGAGCGUAACAUUCGACUUCACACCCGAGAACGAUCUGCAGCCGGGGAAGACGGGCACUGCCGGAAAGGAACAGCCGUCAACGCCUCUCGGCAAGGCUGGGAAACGGAAAGUUUCAACCGGUCUUUUCGAUGUGAGUCCCUUGAACAAGAAAGGGAAGAAAGUGGGCAAGUAAUCAGUGGAAAUAAAUGAUAAUUUCCUGCCUGUUGUACC